AAAAAGGCUAAAUAUUCAUAAACAAAUAUUGAAAAGUCACAAAAACUGUAGCCGUAGAAGUGCUCUUGAUUUAAUUUUUUCGUAUUUGAUUCAUCGCCAAAGAAUAUACAUCUUUGCAAGUGUACGAUGGGACUAUGUAGUUCAUGUUUUAAAGGAUCAACUGAGGAAUUGCUCUCGCCAACCGCGGAGAUAAGACGUCAGCAACAACUCGAAGCUGCUGAGCGACGUCGCGUGCAGAAUGAAACAAGAGGAAUCAAGGACCCGGAAAAAGUUCGUCGGAUGCAACAGAAAGCAGAAGAAAUGGAAAGGCGCGAACAGGAAGCGGCUCGCAUGGGUGGCGGUCAACCGGUAUUGAAGUGGCAGCAAGAUUAAUCAUCUGUAACAAUCUGGACAUACUGACUUGCUGAGUAUUACGGAAAUUGAUUAUCAUUAUAUUGUACAUAUUUAUUCGUUUUAUUGUGACCAAAUACAUUAUAAGGUGCAACGUUUGUUUAUAAAUAUAA